AUGUGGGGCUCCAUGUCGUCCGCGGCGUCGGACGCCUCCGACAUCGAGGCCGGGAUCUCCGCGGAGGAUGAGAUCAAGCGCGUGUUAGAGUGUCAGAACAACUACUACAAGGUCCUGCGCCUCGACAAGUUGGACGCCGCCGACCGCUCGAACGCGGACGUCAAGCGAGCGUACUACAAGCUCGCGCGCGUCAUACACCCCGACAAGUGCUCGCACCCGUCCGCGUCGGACGCCAUGGGCGUGGCCGCGAGCGCGCACUCCACCCUGAGCGACUCGACGCGGAGAGCGGCGUACGACUUGUACGCGUCGCAGGUCGACGUCGACGACGCGGGCGCGGAGACGUACGCGCAGUGGGAGAGCAAGGGUGGCGCGAACUGGAAGCACCUCCCGCCGUGGCUCGUCCGAGGGCUGAACCACCGAUGCGUCGGACCGAUCCUCAAGUUUUUCCUGCUCAUCGCCGCCGUCGUCGCCGGCGCGCUCGCGCUCGCGCUCGGGAUCGCGUACUUCGCGGUUCACAUGACGCUGUGGGUCGCGUGCUUCGCCGGGUGCGGCGGGCGCUGCUGGCCGAGGUACGGCGAGGGGGCGAGGGCGCACGCCCGGCGGAUGGAACGGUUCGGACGCGCGAGGAUGGCGUGGGAGGCGGAGGCGUCCUACGCGCGCGGCCGGGGCGAGGAUCCGCCGGAGUUUAGCGCGUUCGUUAGCGCGUGGAUGGAGAAUAAUAAUCCGGAGGAGGAGGAGGAGGAGGCGGAUGGGGGGGAGGAGGAUGGGGGGGAGGAGAAGGGGUGGAAGAAGAAGACGGGAGGCGGAAUACAUUCGCCGCCCGGACCCGGAGUAGGGAGUACGAGUAAAAAGCCGCCGCCGGGGCCGAGGAGGAGCACCACGUACGGCGCGACGACGACGACAUAGUGAUUGAUGAGUGAACUACUACUGCUAGCUAGACGAUCUAUCUAUCCAUCAUCACGUAUCG